UUGUACAACAUGCUGCGAUUAAGUCUCUCACCGACGGUUUCAAUGGGAUUUCGUCUGGUAGCUAUGGUGGCUCUCUUGUUUUCCCAUGUUGACCAUAUAACUGCAGAAGCAGAGUCGGAAACAGGAGGAAAUGAAACCACUGAAUGUACUGGGUCAUAUUACUGCAAGAAAGGGGUGAUUCUUCCCAUUUGGGAGCCCCAAGACCCAUCUUUUGGGGAUAAAAUUGCUAGAGCAACUGUGUAUUUUGUGGCCAUGGUCUACAUGUUUCUCGGAGUUUCCAUCAUUGCCGACCGGUUCAUGUCCUCCAUAGAAGUCAUCACAUCUCAAGAAAAAGAAAUAACCAUCAAGAAGCCGAAUGGGGAGACCACCAAGACUACAGUAAGAAUCUGGAAUGAGACUGUGUCAAACCUGACCUUGAUGGCUCUGGGCUCAUCUGCUCCUGAGAUUCUCCUCUCGGUCAUUGAAGUAUGUGGCCAUAACUUCACUGCAGGGGACCUUGGUCCCAGCACCAUCGUGGGAAGUGCUGCCUUUAACAUGUUCAUCAUCAUUGCGCUUUGUGUUUAUGUGGUCCCUGAUGGAGAGACAAGGAAGAUUAAGCAUUUGCGUGUGUUCUUUGUGACAGCAGCCUGGAGCAUCUUCGCCUAUACCUGGCUUUAUAUAAUUCUGUCUGUCAUCUCUCCUGGUGUUGUGGAGGUCUGGGAAGGAUUGCUCACUUUCUUCUUCUUUCCCAUCUGUGUCGUGUUCGCUUGGGUAGCAGACAGGCGGCUUCUCUUUUACAAGUAUGUCUACAAGAGAUAUAGGGCUGGCAAGCAGAGGGGGAUGAUUAUUGAACAUGAAGGAGACAGGCCAGCUUCCAAAACUGAAAUUGAAAUGGAUGGGAAAGUAGUCAACUCUCAUGUUGACAAUUUCUUAGAUGGUGCUCUGGUUUUGGAAGUCGAUGAGAGGGACCAAGAUGAUGAAGAAGCAAGGCGUGAGAUGGCAAGGAUUCUGAAGGAACUUAAGCAGAAGCAUCCGGAAAAAGAAAUUGAGCAAUUAAUAGAAUUAGCCAACUAUCAAGUCCUAAGUCAGCAGCAAAAAAGCCGAGCAUUUUAUCGGAUUCAAGCUACUCGCCUGAUGACUGGAGCUGGCAACAUUUUGAAGAGGCAUGCCGCUGACCAAGCAAGGAAGGCUGUCAGCAUGCAUGAAGUCAACAUAGAAGUGGCUGAAAAUGACCCAGUCACUAAGGUCUUCUUCGAGCAAGGGACAUACCAAUGUCUAGAGAACUGUGGUACAGUGGCUCUCACCAUUAUCCGCAGAGGGGGCGACUUGACCAACACUGUGUUUGUUGAUUUCAGAACAGAAGAUGGCACAGCCAAUGCUGGGUCUGAUUACGAAUUCACCGAAGGGACUGUGAUCUUUAAACCUGGGGAGACCCAGAAGGAGAUCAGAGUCGGCAUCAUUGAUGAUGAUAUCUUUGAAGAGGAUGAAAACUUCCUUGUGCAUCUAAGCAAUGUCAGAGUCUCUUCUGAAGAUUCAGAAGAUGGCAUACUAGAAGCCAAUCAUAUUUCUACACUUGCUUGUCUGGGAUCCCCCUGCACAGCCACUGUGACCAUUUUUGAUGAUGACCAUGCAGGCAUCUUUACGUUUGAGGAGCCAGUGACUCAUGUGAGCGAGAGCAUUGGCAUCAUGGAGGUGAAGGUUUUGAGAACAUCCGGAGCUCGAGGAAAUGUUAUCGUUCCCUAUAAAACCAUUGAAGGAACAGCCCGAGGUGGAGGGGAGGACUUUGAGGACACGUGUGGAGAGCUCGAAUUCCAGAACGAUGAAAUUGUGAAGAUCAUUACCAUUAGAAUAUUUGAUCGUGAGGAAUAUGAGAAAGAGUGCAGUUUCUCCCUUGUGCUUGAGGAGCCAAAAUGGAUAAGAAGAGGAAUGAAAGCCCUGUUGUUGAGUGAGCUUGGUGGCUUCACAUUAACAGACGAGUAUGAUGACAAGCAGCCACUGACUAGCAAAGAGGAAGAGGAGAGGCGCAUUGCAGAAAUGGGGCGCCCCAUCCUGGGAGAGCACACCAAGCUGGAGGUGAUCAUUGAAGAGUCUUACGAGUUCAAGAGCACUGUGGACAAACUCAUCAAGAAGACGAACCUGGCCCUCGUGGUGGGGACAAACAGCUGGAGGGAGCAGUUCAUCGAAGCGAUCACUGUCAGUGCUGGGGAAGAUGACGACGAUGAUGAAUGUGGGGAGGAGAAGCUGCCCUCCUGUUUUGAUUACGUGAUGCACUUUCUCACAGUGUUCUGGAAGGUCCUGUUUGCCUUCGUGCCCCCUACAGAAUACUGGAAUGGCUGGGCCUGCUUCAUUGUCUCCAUCCUCAUGAUUGGCCUCCUGACAGCCUUCAUCGGAGAUCUGGCUUCCCACUUUGGCUGCACCAUUGGCCUGAAAGACUCCGUGACUGCAGUCGUGUUUGUCGCUCUCGGGACCUCAGUGCCAGACACGUUUGCCAGCAAAGUAGCAGCCACCCAGGAUCAGUACGCAGAUGCAUCCAUAGGCAACGUCACUGGAAGCAAUGCUGUGAACGUCUUCCUGGGAAUCGGCGUGGCCUGGUCCAUUGCCGCCAUCUACCACGCGGCCAACGGGGAACAGUUCCGAGUGUCCCCUGGCACGCUAGCUUUCUCGGUCACUCUCUUCACCAUUUUUGCAUUCAUCAACGUGGGGGUGCUGCUGUAUCGGCGGAGGCCAGAAAUAGGAGGUGAGCUAGGUGGGCCCCGGACUGCCAAGCUCCUCACAUCUUGCUUGUUCGUGCUCCUGUGGCUCUUGUACAUUUUCUUCUCCUCCCUGGAGGCCUACUGCCACAUAAAAGGCUUCUAAAGGAACAAUCAGAUAUAGUAAAUUUAUAUACAUACAUAUAUAUACAUAAAAAUUAUGUCUAAUGAACAGAGGAAACUGACAUUUGUUCUGUUCACUUAACCUGCUGAUGGAAUCCAGCUUCAAGAACAUACUCUGUACUAGGGCGGAAGUCAGAAACCACCAUCUCCCAUUCCCAGGCAUAAUCGUGUUGAACAAGGCAUGGAGGCAGGUGCAUCUCGCAUCUCAGCCUAGGAGGGCUGUACCCUCUCCAAGUCUGUAAAUGGCUAAGGCUUUGGUUUGUUUUUCUUUUGUUUUGUUUCCAGUGGGGUCGGGGAGGUGGUAGUUGGCUUUUGGUUUGGUUUGGUUUUGCUUGGUUUUAUUGGGAGAGCCAGGAUCCUCCUUCUCUUUAUGGGAAGUGGUGAUCCACCCAAAGGUGUAUGGAUUUGGGAUCAAUCUGGAAAUCAUUAUGAUUCUCUCCUCACCUCCUCCAAACACUUUAAAGAUUACUUUGGAUUAAGGAAGGAGCUGGGCAUGGAAGAAGAAAGAAGCACGUCUUUAUUACCAAAAUGUUACGCUUAUCUCCAAGAUGUGAAUAGAGGCGAAUUGCCCCAGGAAGAGAAGCAUUGGGAGCUGAACUGGAGCCAGGAGAAGCGAUGGUUCUAGACGUAGACUAAGGAUAUGGUGCCUGGCACUCUCGUUCAACUGGUACAGGGAUAAUGUGCCUAGAUUCCCAGGAACACCCAGAACUCUUCAUCCUAUCUCUUUAGCUCUGAACUGUGAUUAGCAAGACCCUUAUUCUGCCCAGCCCAGCUAAUUCCCCAGGUAUCCCAUCCCAGACCCCCUUCUGCCCACCACCCAAUCCCCUGCAAGCAGGAAGAUUAACCCCUUCCCCCCCCAAAAAAAAUAGAUAGUCCUUGUGGCCAUCAUGUGUGUCCAGGUCCCACAUUACUGGUGCCUGGGAUUUUUCCAUCAGUUUUAUUUUCAGUGGCAUCCAUGGCUUGCACAAUCCUGUUCCAGUCAUGACCCAACAUUUGCCCUCCUUCAUGUGCCUGUUUGGGAAUGUUGUUGUGACCCCCUUUACACAGUGCAUGGAUGACAAACAAAGAAAAACAAAGCGUAUCUGUAUAUAGUAGAGUAUAGCAAAUACUGUUCUCCCAUUCAGCGAUGUUGAUUGGACAUUGAAGACGCGAGUUUUCUUUUUCACCUGAGUUGUUACUUUUGAGUUGUUACUGAGUUUGAAUAUUAAUAGGUAUAAAAAAAAAGAAAAUGGCUUAAUGUUCAUGAUUCUGCACAUUCAUUUCAAAGAAGCAAUACUGUCAUGUGAGGAGAGAUUAAAGUUAUUGAGAGGACAGAGGAGCUACAGAGAUCUCCAUGGGAUUUUAGCCAUGUAGGGCAUAGCAGAGGCCUCCGAGAAUCACCCAUGAUUAAUUCAGGCAGGCCAAAGAGAAAGGCUGGGGAGAAAAGUGGACACUUUGGGUGUGCCUGUACUUUUAGAGCCACUGUUUCCACAUUACCCCUCCCCCAAAGUAUUUAUUGCACAUCUGCUCUGUCUGGCACAGAUGGUAGAUAGUGCUAGCUUGUUUUGUUUUAUUUUUUCUGUAGAAGGCUGUUUUGAGCCCUGUUUCAUUCACCUUCCAGUCCAGACUCCCUGAAUUCAUUAGGAACUCCUGAGUGGAAAAUAAACCAGGGUGACCAGUGAGCCUUUAGAAGUAAGUCCACUCUAUAUGAUGCAAAGAGGAGAUAACACAAAGGGACUGGAGCAUCCCAGGAAGACGGCACUGGGGAGUUUUUUUUUUUUUUUAACCCUUUGAAAGAAAUAGCUCUUUCUAUUCAAAAGUACCAAAGAGCAAAGAUAAACCCAACAUUCCAAAAGCAGUGCUUCUACUAACAAGGGAAAUGGAAUGGCUUCGCCCGCCUCUUAGACAGGUCUCUGAGACCUCCAUGACCCUUUGCAUUAUUGAUUCAAGGAUACUUAAGAAAUAAAUGUUUCUGAGACCUUCUUUCUCUUCUUCCACUGUAUCAUAGCUGUCCAUUAUUUAAUACACAUUUAGUCACUGAGUGAGUAGUUAGAUACUUGUUACCCAUUCAGUAAGUAAUAUACUACUUCCUGGUAGCUGACCAGUGACCAAGAUAGUCCAGAUUCCUGCCCCCAGGAGGUAUGUAGUGAAUGGGAUCCCUAUUCAAAUAGUAUGAGUUGGCUUAACCAUACUGAGACAGUUUUAUCUUGCAAGAAAAAGAUAAUUAUGACUUCUUUUUAACCCAAUCACAUUUUUUUAAAAAAUGCACCACAAAAGCAGUUGACCAAAUACUCACUUUUUUUCAUAAGAGAAUGUCAUGUUUCACUCUGAAAGAGUACUCUUUCACCUUGGCCGACUUGCAGGUUUGUUCAUCUUCCUACUUUAGACCAAGCAGGGUGGUCAUGGUGGUGACCGGAAUCACUGAGAAGACCCAGUUGACCAGUUUUUAAUCUAUGUGGUACUGCUACCUUUCCACCACAACAUACUGCAGCCCGCCAAUAUUGGUGACACUGGUGACCCACAGAGGUACAUUCUAACCCACCUUGUUUUUUUCUUUUUAACUUUAUUUUAGAUUUUAAACAUGGAAAGCUAGCCUAGAACUACUAAGUAAAUACAGUCCAAGGAUAUACAUGGUUAAAAUAUUAGAAAGGUUUUGCACUGUUUUUGAUUUGUUUUUGUUUCUGUUUUGUUACAUUCCAUCUUUGGAAUGUCAAUAAUCCUGUAGCGAAUUUUCACUGAGACCUUCCCAAGAAAUUCUUGCUGUUGGUCAGUUUCGAGUUCGAGCUUUUUGGUUUGUUUGCCUUUUCAGUCUUCAUGCUGUAGGGAAAAUAUGAUGUUCAGGGUUGUUAAUUAUUAUGUGUAAAAUGAUUUCAUUUUAUUUGUUUGAUUAUUAUUUUAUUUUGUGUGUAUUGUGCACGACUUUAGGGGAACAGGCACUAACAGUGUUGUUCCUUAAAAUUGGUACACAUUAUCGACACGAAAAAGAAAUAAAGUUUCUAAUUGUUUGUGAUUUCA